AUGUCAUUACACGCAAAGCAGAGCGCUAGAAUUGCGGAAGUAGAGGCGGAGAAUGCGUCUCUGCGAGCUCAUCUUGCCGACUCCCGCUCUAGCGGCGUGACAGAUCGGGAUGUCCAGUCUGAGCAGAGGCACCAAGCUCUCACGACGAAGUACAAUGACCUCUUCAAGCAAUACGGCGACCUGGAAGCACGGCACAGGCGAUGUGAUCGUCAUAUCGAAAUGGUCGAGAAGAAGUAUCGGCAUGCGAAGGAGAUUGUUCGACAGUGGAGCCACUACCUUCAGUACAAGAAGCUUGCUAAGCACGACUCUAAGCCAAGUCAUGGGAGGCCGACAACCCCAAAAAGCUUGUCUGACGCUUCUCAGGAUGAGCUGCCUGCUGUUGCGGAUCCUAACGCUACACCGCGAGCAGUCUCGACCAAGCAGGAUCAAGAUUCCGCACAAGCGACUCAUGCUAAUUACGCCGCCUCUGAUCACUGUACUGGUCAAGGAAUGUUGAACCCACGCAAUCCUGAGACGAUCGCAACACAGCCUGGCUCACGUAUCAGCACUCCUCGAGUGACGUCGAGUCAGACUACAGAUGCCGGGUCGGACCCAGCAGGCAUGCCGUCAUCGCCGCCAGGCAAGCACGAACAUAGUAGCGACGGCGAGCCUGUGGUAGUGUCAGCAAGGUCUUUGAAACGCAAAAGAAGCGCCUCGUCACUAGCCAUGCCACCUCCUAUUCGAAUCAAGCAGGAGCCAGGGUCGCCCGACGAGCCGAUAGAAGUCAAGAGUGAGGACUACAGUAGUCCAGCUGUGACCCAUCGCAGUCUGGUGCGACAUGAGACUUCAGAUCUGGACGCCAUCGCGGAGCGUACUUCAACGCCCAAGAAGCAUCGAAGAGACCGACGUGCACUUUCCGAGGAGGCUCGGAGGCCACCUCCACUGCCUGCCCGUGUCUCAUCGCUCUCUGAUGGCGACAUGCUGGACGACGGAUCAGAUUUGCCGCCAGACGAAAACAGACUUGCAGAACCGAGUGCAAUGCUAGAUCGUGACCUCGAGGCAGACAGCACGGACCCUGCUCUUCAGCCCAUCAGUACCAAUAUAUCACCCGAUAGACCACACUUUAGAUCUGCUCAGAGGUCGCGGAAAGGUAGGCGAAGCGACCAGGAGGCAGCUACGAAGGCAGCACUUCUAUCUGAGGAUGGAGAAAGCCAGAACGUUGUGGCAACUACGAAGAGCGCUCAAGUACCACAUAGGAGGCCGGCAGAACUAGGCAAGGCACAGCGCCUCGACUCACUUCUGAAGGGACCCCAGUCCAGCCGUGAGCAGCUUAUCAGUAGCCACACCCCGAAGGCUGUAGCUCCACGACAGAAAGGUCCACUUACGCCGGUGUCUCUUCCUGCCGCUAAGACCGCACCAACAAGCAAACCAUCUUCCAAGCCACAAAUUACUCCCUCGUUCCGGCGACAUGCUGAUGCCACGCCACCGAGCAGAUCUACAGUGCAGAGACAACCAAAGAAGAGCGCCUACAAACCGGAUGAUCUGGAACAAUCGCCUCCUCCAGUGAGACCGGAAGACGAACCACUCCGCUUACGACCUUUCACUGCACUACGACUCGAGGACUUCAGGAUCAACCCACAGUACACGGGAGAGAAGUACGCUUACUCGGAGACGGUUCGUGGUGCUGCUAGGAAGUGCUUGGCAGGCUGCACUCGUCCUGACUGCUGCGGUGGAGUAUUCAUGAAAGCAGUGCAGCUGAAUGCGCCACGAAAAGAUGACAAGAGCGACGCCGAAGUGCUUGAAGCGUAUUUCGGUCCCAGCUGGCAAGCUAUUGUCGGUGCUUACCCAGCCGACAGACGCAAAUCCCUUCUGCAAGAAGCUCGAGCCAGCGCGUUCGCUAACCAGUAUGGCAAACAUCGAAAUGCUUUCGAGCGGCAGAGCACACCUCCAGGCUUCUGGCGCACGGAUAUGCCCAGCACACAAGAAGCCGACGAAUAUCGUGCACAGGCUGAAGCAGAGAAGAAGGUGCAGGUUGAAGCCAGGUGGCGCGACGCGAUGCGUGGCGGCGGACGAUGGAAGUUCCGCGACGAAUGA